UUGGAAAUAUAUAAGCUAAUGAAUUAGUAGUGAGUAGGGCUUGAAAUGGGAGAUGAGUAGAGGACUCCACCAAGAGGAUGUAAUAUAAUUUCUCUAGAUGCAGACCAAUACGGCAAUAAGUAGGUGAUGUUUUAUUUUAUAUAUUUUUUAUUUUUUGAACUAACAUCCCCUGUUAAAAGAGAAUUUAAUUUAAAACCUUUCCACCAAACCCUAAACCCUUCCUUGCCUCUCUGCGGUCACCACCCCACAGACAAGGAAUAUGUUGAACUCGUAUGCGGCAGUCAAAACAACGAUGAUGCAAGGAGCGCUAACCUUUCAACAUCCGAUUCUCAAUCCUCUUCCUCUCCCUACCUUUGCUCCAAAGAAUCACACCCAUUGUCCUCUUGCAUCCAAACCCAACUGCAUAUCCUAUACAAACAGCGCUUCUCCGUUUUACAAAUCAGUUCUUGCUGUUGGAGCCCGUGCAGUUCAUCCCUCGCUUACUUCCAAAUCUCUCGUAACUGGUUUUCUCAAUAGCCCUUUGGAGGAUAAGCUCAAGAACCGACGGGAUUUGGACUGUCGCUACCUUGAAGAAAAACGCCUUGAACAAAAACGUCGUGGUGGUGGUGGUGGUGAUGGUUAUGAUGACUACCAUGCAGUCCCUGAGCCCCGUUUCAAUGAAUUGGUGCGCGGUGAUCCUCAACACAGGGAGGCUAGAGUUGAUGAUGACCUUGUCUAUGGAGAUUCUGAAGAUGUGAGUGAAGAAGUUAAUGACUUUGCCAACCAGGAUUCCAAAAGCAGGAGUGGCGUUGAUGACGAUAAUGACUUUGGUCAUGAAAACAAACCCAAGCCCAAGCCAAGUUUUGAGGAACUUCUUCCCUUGCUUAAGUGGUCACACUCACUCCAGCAUACACAGUGAUGAAAAAUACAUUCGCAAGAAUGGUGUUUGAUGUAUGGUUAACUUCAUUUGAGUAUUUGAAUAUGCGUUCAUGUCUUUUUAUCUCUCAAUGUCUCCUUGUUCCUUUCUAGUUUUAUUCAGAUUUAUUUUGUUUUUGGUUGUUGGUUGCCUUGUGUAUAGAUACUGGUAAAGUGCUUUAGCCUUCUUACACUUUGGGUGGUACCAAUGGAAAAGCAUUACUGGUGAAGCAAUUAAUAGUCCCCUUGAAUC